AUGGCUAAUUUUACUACAGUGAAUGCAUUUCUUCUCAUGGGGUUUUCUGCUGAGCCUGAGCUGGAAAUCUUAUGUGCUUCUCUCUUCUUAGUCUUAUACUUAGUGGCUGUAACUGGAAAUAUUGUCAUUAUCAUUGCCACUUCUGUGGAUGAUAGUCUUCACUCACCUAUGUAUUUUUUCCUGAAACAUCUCUCCUUCUUGGAUCUAUGUUAUGUUUCUGUGACCGUACCAAGGUCCAUUUGCAACUCUUUCAUGCAUAGUGGCAAUAUUUCCCUCUGGGAAUGCAUAUUACAGUGUUUUGCUUUCACUCUCUGUGGUUGUGCUGAGAUGGCCAUGCUCACAGUGAUGUCUUAUGACCGCUAUGUGGCCAUCUGCCUUCCACUGCGCUAUGAAAUCAUCAUGAAUAUCAGCACCUGUAUUCACGGAAUCUUAGCUGUCUGGAUCAGUGGGGUUAUCUGAAUCAUGCACACAGCCGCUACUUUCUCCAUCCACAUCUGUGGUGCCAAUAUCUUUCACCAGUUCUUCUGUGAUGUGCCUCAGCUCCUGAAACUUGCUUGCUCUAACAAGUAUGUCAGUGAGCUUGGGGUCACUGGCUUCCUGUCCUUGGUGGCAUUUCUUUGCUUCAUCUGCAUUGAACUCUCCUACACGCACAUAUUCUCUACCGUGCUGCUGAUCCCAUCUGCUGAAGGCAGAGCCAAGGCCUUUUCCACUUGCCUGCCCCACCUAUCUGUUGUCCUAUUGUUUAUCUCUACGGGUGUCUUUGAUUUUCUAAAGCCACAUUCUGACUCUCCAACUGUAUUAGACUUUUUGCUCACUGUUUUUUAUACUGUUCUGCCUCCAACACUCAAUCCAAUGAUCUAUAGCCUGAGAAACAAAGCCAUGAAGGCAGCUCUAAGAAAGGUGUUUAAAAGAAGAAAAGCCUACCUCUUUUGCUGA